GAGUGUGGCGGUGAGUCUGUGUCACCUCACUCACCACUCUUCCAAUUUUAUUUUUUGGUUCCUUCUUCCUUCGCUUCGUUUCUUUGUGUGUUUAUUAACCCCUUUGCUUCUUCUCUUCCCUUUCGUCUUUUCUCUUCAAACCUUCUCUUCUCUCUCUUUCUCUCUCUGACCCUUCUCUUCGUAAAUCGAAGAGGUGGAAGAAGAAGAAGAAGAAACUAACACACAACAAUGAGGAAGAAUCAUCGCCUGCUUCCUCUUCUGUUGCUCUCACUCACGUUCCUCUCAUUCUCCACCGUCAGAUCCGAUUCCUCAGAUCACAAAUACAAGGAAGGAAAUAUCGUCCCUCUAUACGCAAACAAAGUUGGCCCUUUCCACAACCCAAGGCCGCUGGAUCUGUCGUUUCUAGCUUCAACUGUUGUGAACGACUUGCUUUUCGUUUCUAUUUAUUUUGUUUAUGGAUUCAUGUUUGGAUUUAUUUUGGUUUUGUAUUUGGAUUUGGUUACAGAUGAUUUGAAGGAGAAGAAAGAAGCUCUUGGUGAGGUCUUAAACGGUGACCGUUUAGUUAGUGCUCCUUACAAGUUAGAGUUCCAGCAGGAUAAGGACUCCGUGCCAGUUUGCAAGAAGACACUGAAGAAGGAAGAUGUGGCCAAGUUCCGAGCAGCAGUUCGCAAAGACUAUUACUUCCAGAUGUACUAUGAUGACUUGCCCAUUUGGGGUUUCAUUGGGAAAGUUGAUAAGGAGGGAAAGGAUCCAAGUGAUUAUAAGUACUACCUGUACAAGCACAUUCACUUUGACAUAUAUUAUAACAAUGAUCGCGUCAUUGAGAUCAAUGUGCGAACGGAUCCAAAUGCACUUGUGGAUGUCACAGAGGAUAAUGAGGUUGAGGUGGAGUUCUUGUAUACUGUGAAGUGGAAGGAGACUAACACCCCCUUCGAGAAGCGGAUGGAUAAGUACUCACAAUCAUCAUCGCUACCCCAUCAUUUGGAAAUCCACUGGUUCUCGAUUAUCAACUCAUGUGUGACGGUCCUGCUGCUGACUGGUUUCCUUGCAACAAUUCUGAUGCGGGUCCUUAAGAAUGACUUUGUCAAGUAUGCCCAUGAUGAGGAAGCUGCUGAGGACCAAGAAGAGACUGGUUGGAAAUAUAUUCAUGGAGAUGUAUUUAGAUUUCCAAAAUACAAGUCUCUAUUUGCAGCUGCCCUUGGAUCUGGUACCCAAUUGUUUACCCUUACGGUAUUCAUAUUCAUCUUGGCACUUGUUGGAGUCUUUUACCCAUACAACCGAGGUGCUCUGUUUACCGCACUUGUUGUCAUUUAUGCUCUCACUUCAGGAAUUGCUGGCUAUACAGCAACAUCUUUCUACUGUCAAUUAGAAGGAUCAAACUGGGUUAGGAAUCUUCUAUUGACUGGGUGCCUCUUCUGUGGACCAUUGUUUCUCACAUUUUGCUUCCUGAACACUGUUGCAAUUGUUUACAAUGCUACUGCGGCCCUCCCAUUUGGUACAAUUGUGGUUAUAGUUCUGAUAUGGACACUGGUCACAUCUCCAUUGCUUGUGUUGGGUGGGAUUGCUGGGAAGAAUAGCAAGGCUGAAUUUCAGGCUCCCUGCCGUACAACCAAGUAUCCAAGGGAGAUUCCACCUUUGCCAUGGUAUCGGGGAACAAUUCCCCAGAUGGCAAUGGCCGGGUUUUUGCCCUUCAGUGCAAUAUACAUUGAACUAUACUAUAUAUUUGCCAGUGUUUGGGGUCACAGGAUUUACACCAUCUACAGUAUACUGUUCAUUGUCUUCAUCAUUCUCUUGAUUGUUACUGCUUUCAUUACUGUGGCAUUGACUUAUUCAUUGACUCAAUCAUUCCUCUGUGGUGGUUCAACUGGCUUAUUUAUCUAUGCCUACUGUCUGUAUUACUACUAUGCUCGCUCGGACAUGUCUGGAUUCAUGCAGACGUCAUUUUUCUUUGGAUACAUGGCAUGCAUAUGCUAUGGUUUCUUCUUGAUGCUUGGAACUGUCGGAUUCCGUGCGGCUUUACUCUUUGUCCGCCACAUAUAUCGAUCCAUCAAGUGCGAGUAAGGCAUUUUGUCCUGACCGGUCAUCAUCACAGGUCCUUUAGAAGAGCUGUUGUCUUCAUUUCAUAGGCAUUCUGUAGAAAAUUAUAGUAAUUUUGGUGUUCUUUUCUGUACUAUAAGGGGAAGCUGGGUUGGGUUGGGUUGGUUCGGGGUUGUUUCCAGCUUCCAGGGAAACUCGUUAGAUCACCACAAAGGGUGCUUUUGGAAAAAACGUCUGUACUACCAUGUCCUUAACCAAACACUUGCAAUACCUUCAUUUUCCUCUAUUUUCGAACUUUUGCUUCAUAUCUCCAGUUUUUGAAUGCGUAAACACAACUCAGUUUGAUAAA